AUGCGUAAGUCAAACUCAACUUUCUAUUUGAUAUUUUCAAAAAACGUUUCUUUUCCAGGCGCUGCACUUGAAACCACAUGGAUAUGGUCAACAAGGGAAAGAAGUGAGUUAUUCACUCUCAAGAGACAAACUGCUCUAUUUGAGAAACAUGCGCUUCUAUCAGUUAUUAGGAAAACAGUGGUUUUCUAGAAAUCUUCGGUUCAUACUUUGAAGAAAAUUGAACAUUGAACGCUGCUAAGUUUCUCUAGGGCGUUCCUUGUGAAGUCCUAGAACGGAGCUGAUUUCUUCUAAGUUCCUUUUUCCAGAUGAGCUGAAAUAUUAUCAGCCAUGUCUUUUUUAUUCAUCCAUUUCCAAUCGAUUCCAAUUUUUGGUCGAUUUCGAGCACUUUGUUAUUUUUAGAUGGAAUAAGUUAUAGGAUGCGGCCAAAUACUGAAAAGGUUGAAUUGGAGUGAAAAAUACAACUUGGUUCGAACUUUUCUAAUGAAAAUUAGAACAUGGCCCAUGAUCGCAAUUUUUCUCAGGUUUUUCAGCAGCGGUCAGAGAUUAUUAGCAAUUCACAGAAAUCUGAAUUUUUCACAACAGCGCAUUCUAUAUAUUCAUCUUACAACCAGCAUAGAAAUAUAAAAUAAGAAAUUUACUUUUUCUUAAUGUGAAAUCACAUUUUUCAUAAAGCCAGAUUUCAAAUUUAAUAAAAACAUUCUUACAGGUCAAAAAACAAUGGCGCUGAUGAACCGGGGAACUCGUCACGCGGAAACCUCAUGUGAGUUUUUUUCUAAAAUAAUUUUUCAACAAUAAAAAUUGCUUUUUGAAAUCAAAAUAAAAAUUUAAGAUAAUUCCCAUACCAAAAACCUUCUUCGGUAAUAAACACCUGGGUUUUUUCUAACAAAAAUCCUAGCUUCAUUUCUGAAUCUCAAAAUGUAAAGAAAAAAAAACAAAAACAGACGACAAUAAAUUUCUAACAAAAAGUGCUCAUUUCAUCGUCGAAAAAACAGUUUCCUAUGAAUUUCAUCGUAAUUUCUCAUACAAUUUCAAAACCAAUAAACUUUUAAUUUUUAAUUUGAAAAAAAAAACAUUUAACUCCAAAUUUAAGAUUAAUUUAAAAUAAUUCGCAAUUCAUUUCAAGUGUUGAAUUCAAACACUAUUUUAAAAUAUAAUUCAAAUUUUUAAAAAUCUCUAAAUUUUUUAAUUCAAAAAUUGUAAGUUUCCAAUGUUUUUUGAACUCAAAAAAUAAAUUUGGCGGUUUUUCGAAAAAAUUCAAGUUUCAAGUUCAAGAAAAAUUGAAAAUUUUACGGCCAAGCUUAGAAAAUCAGAAAAAUGAAAAAUAAUGAUAUUAAUGAGAAUUUUAGUUGUAACAUUCAGAAUAAGCAUCGAUUUAUGAUCCAGUUUAGAAGUUGAAAAACUACUCAAAUCCGAAAUUGAAUGAUAUUUCUUUCUGUCCUCGCUUUUUUGCCAAAUUGUUUUUCCAAUAAUAUACACUUUCAGAGACAAACAAUUAUUAUUGACCUAAACUCCAAAUUAUCAAAAAAUUUCGAUGAAAUUAUCAUUUUCUCAUAUCAAUCAUAAUUCAACAAUUUUCAGAUGUCGACAUCAACAAGGACAUCGACAAUCGGAAAUUCAACUUAUUGGUAAUAUUACUUUUUAUUGUUUUAUUUUCAAUAAAUAUUGGGAAAUCGCUAUCGUUGAUAAUUUGUUUUCGCCUUUCAUCCGCUUGCUUGAACUGUGAGGGAAUUAGCCUUUUAGUCUUAGUAUGGGCCUUCUGGCCAGACUUUGAUCACGCUUAG